AUGCUCAAGCGUCCCGGCGGAAGAGGAAUCGGCAUGGGCAAUCCCCAAUACGACUCCUUCUCCGACAAAAUGUACAGAUACAGGAGCGUCCUCCUCGUCAUCUCUGUCCCUCUCCUCCUCCUCACCAUGGUCCUCUACAUCAUGCCCGGCGGCGGCGGAGGCGGCGAGCUGUCCACCACCGUCACCACCAACCGCAACCACCGCAAGCUGCCUCCCAAGACCUCUUAUGCCGUGAUCUUUGACGCCGGCAGCUCCGGCAGCCGCGUCCACGUCUUCUGCUUCGACCACAACCUCCAGCUCCUCCCCAUCGGCAAGGAUCUCGAGCUCUUCAUUCAGGUCAAGCCUGGCUUGAGCGCUUAUGCCAAGGACCCUCGCUCUGCUGCCGAGUCCCUCACUGGGCUUCUCGACGAGGCCGAAAGGGCUGUCCCAAAAGACCUGCGCUCCUUCACUCCCGUCCGCGUUGGGGCUACUGCUGGCUUGAGGGCUUUGGAGGGCGAUGCUUCUGACCGCAUUCUCCAAGCCGUUCGGGAUCUGUUGAAAGAAAGAAGCAGCCUCAGCUCCAAACCCGAUUCCGUCACUGUUAUUGAUGGAACUCAAGAGGGUUCCUUCCAGUGGGUGACAAUAAACUAUCUACUAGGAAAUGUUGGGAAGAAGUAUUCAGAUACUGUUGGUGUAGUCGAUCUUGGGGGUGGAUCUGUUCAAAUGGCUUAUGCCAUUUCAGAGGCAGAUGCCGCAAAGGCACCGAGGUUAUCAGAUGGAGAUGAUUCGUAUGUAAGAGAAAUGACUCUUAAAGGAACAAAAUAUAACCUCUAUGUUCACAGUUACUUGCAUUACGGGUUACUAGCAGCUCGAGCAGAGAUUUUAAAGGUUUCUGAUGAUUCUGGCAACCCCUGCAUCUUAACUGGAUAUGAUGGUUCUUACAAAUAUGGAGGACAAAUUUAUAAAGCGUCGGCUUCCUCAUCUGGAUCAAGUGUUGAGGGGUGCAUGACGGUAGUUAUGAAGGCACUCAAAGUAAAUGAAGCAACAUGUACCCACAUGAAGUGCACCUUUGGCGGGGUAUGGAAUGGUGGAGGAGGGGAUGGACAACGGAACCUUUUUGUAGCUUCAUUUUUCUUUGACAGAGCUGCUGAGGCUGGCUUUGUUAACCGAAACGAACCUGUUGCCAAAGUUCGCCCUGGGAACUUUGAGGAGGCAGCUAAGCGUGCUUGUGAAACUAAACUUGAGGAUGCUAAAUCCGCUUAUCGGGAUGUUGAGGAGGACAAUCUGCCGUUCUUGUGCAUGGAUCUUGUUUACCAAUUUACAUUGCUUGUAAAUGGAUUUGGUCUAGAUCCGUGGCAAGAGAUUACGUUGGUGAAGAAGGUCAAGUAUAAUAAUGCCUUGGUUGAAGCAGCAUGGCCACUAGGCAGUGCCAUAGAGGCUGUGUCCUCAUUAUAA